GCUCAGUGUCGAACCAGCGGCCGGCCGGUGCCAGAUUCCAGCCGGACUCCCGCGGGUGUUAGCGGAGGGGCGGGGGGGAGGCGAAGAAAGAAUUUUCUAAUCCAUUGUUACCAAUUGUCUAUAAAAAUUAAUGUGCGAGUGAGGCUCUGUCUUCACAUGGGGGCUAUCAAAUUCCAAAUCACAGUUCAUGAGUACAAACAAAGACAUGAAUGACUCUGAAGAUUUCAAGACCCAUUGUGUGUUUUCCAGGAGGCCCCGAGUAGAAGCAAAGACCAAAUAGAUGGCACAGGGAUGAGCCUCGCCAGCAACAACAAGAAGGGAGUGAGAGUAAGUGGGAAAUGUGUGAAUCCGGUGGACUGGAGCGGCAGAAGAGGAGGGCCAUGCAUCGUCCACUCUCCCACCGACAUCCCCACUCCUCCAAAUGCACCCGCCGUCAUCUCCAUCGGCCCCCUGCCUCCGAGGACCCCGGAGAGGGCCGACGAUCCCGGCGUGGACGAGUCAGGGUGGCCGGGUGAGGCCUCAUCCCCAACCCGCGACGAGAUGAGGGUCCCCAGGCAGACCAUGGAGGAGCUGAAGAGCAUCCUGAGGGACAGUCCUCUGCUGAACGUCCGGGGCAGAGAUGACGGAAAGCCGGGACGUCCCUACACGUAUCUGCAUGGCAGCAGCACCGGACGGCAGGGCGACGGAAACCCUCCCGGGGCCUUCAGCACCUUCAAACCUCCCUCUGAUGCUUCCAGAAGGGGGGCCCGGUCCAGAGAGAGCGCACCUAUUCAGCUGUCUUCCACCGUGGAUUCAUCCAGCUCAUUCAAGCCUGACGCAAACACAAAUAGGCAGCCUGGGGUCAGGACACAACCAUAUGCCAGCGGCGGCUCCUGGGGAGAGACUGGGGCGUCUCAUACAGAUAGCGAACACGAGACCUUAGAGAUCUCUGGGAACCAGAGGUUUACAGCAGCCAUGGAGCAGAUCAAGCAGCAGAUCGCUCGAGAAAACAUCAACUUUGUCCGGUUCGAGGCCACCGACCUCCACGGGGUGUCAAGGUCCAAGACAGUGCCUGUCCGCUUCUUCCAUGAGAAAGCGGUCUAUGGGGUACCGAUGCCGAGAAGCUACUUGGAGCUGACUCUGAGCCCUAAGAGCAAUGAAGUGGACCAUGCUAACACCGCUAACUUCAGCAGCGAUGUCCUUCUGAUCCCUGACCUAUCAACCUUCAAGGUCCUACCCUGGGCUGAGCAGACAGCGCGGGUCAUCUGCGACCCAUGCACCGUGGCGGGAAACCCACUUCGCACCUCGCCUCGCCUCAUUGCCAAGCAGAUGCUCGGCCAACUCCAAAGCCUGGGCUUCUCCCUGCACUCGUCCUUCACCUACGAAUGCUGCGUGCUCGGAGCGCCAGACCGGAUCGGACCCAAGACCCUCCUGUUCCCCGCCACCACCCUGCUCAGCAACCACGACCUGCCGUUCUUCCAGCAGCUGGUGGAUAGCAUGUACUGCAUGGGCGCCGACAUAGACAGCAUCGCCUCCGCAAGCGGCCCCGGCCAGAUGGAGAUCAACCUGCGGCCAGAGUUUGGCAUCUCGGCCGCCGAUAGCGCCUUCACCUUCCGCACUGGCAUCAAGGAAAUGGCUCGUAAACACAGCUACAUCGCCAGCUUUUUCACCGACGACGGCCUUUACAAUGCCGGGGUGCUCUCUCACAGCCUGUGGGACGCCAAUGGGCGACGGAGCCUCUUCCACAGCGGAGAAAGGCCAGGCGAGAUGUCUGAGAUUGGCAGGAAAUGGCUGGCCGGCCUCCUCACCCACUCCGCCGCCCUGAGCUGCCUGAUGUCUCCCGGCCUGGGCUGCCGCAGCCACAUUGCCAAGACGGUCAAAGACCCAAAGCGGACGCUGUACGCCACCUGCGGCUGCAACGACAACAGCAGCUCCUUCAACAUCAAGUCUCACGGCGGGAGGGAGACGCACAUCGACAACAAGCUGGGCUCGGCCAUGGCCAACCCUUACAUCGUACUGGCCGCUACGGUGGCCGCAGGUCUGGACGGUAUUAGGCGAAGCCUGAACGUUGAGAGCAGUCCGGACAAAUCCCCCAAUCAGCAGAAGGAGUUCGCCAUUCCCGUGAAGCUAGACGACGCUCUGGAGAGUUUGGGGGAAGAUCACGUGAUUCGCAGUGCCCUCGGAGAGCCAUUCGUUCAGUAUUUCAUUGCCUUGAAAAAGUUUGAGAUUGAGACCCAGGAACUGGAUGAUGAAAGGAAUAAAUGCCUGGAGUAUUUCAUCUAGAUAGCCUCAUGUCACGCUGUAUGAAACACACUUGCUUUUGCUGCUCAAAUAAAAGCAUGAGAAACAGUUUCUUCAACAUAAGAGUUUUUAUUUUAUUUUAUACAAACGCAGUAUUAUAUACAGAUUGUAGAUAUUUAUCCAAGGCAUUUAAAUAAAGGUAUAUCCACCCCCAA